AUGUCAUCCUCCAUCGAAUCACGAAUCGCCGACCUCCUACCUCGUAUCGCCUCAGCCUCAGGCAUGUCAGCAUCCGACCAAUCGAGCUUCCGCGAUGCAGUCCGGUCACUAGCUCAAUUCAAAGAUUAUCUUCCGGGAUGUAGUCAUGACGAUAUGCAGUACUUCGCCUGUAAAGCGGCUCAAGGCCUAUCAGUGUACGGCGAAGUUCCUCCUGAACUGGCUAGAAGGGCUCAAGUGGGGUAUGACGAGUCUAAAGUCAGUUCUCAAGCCAGAGAUGUAGAGAAAAGUGUGCAAAGUAUCGUGUCGACGUUUGCAAAUAAGCUUUCAGGGAUCGAUCUUUUGAAGGAUGAGGGGCUAAAGAGGGACAUAGAUGGGUUGAUUGGACAUGCGUGUAGGAAUCAAUUUGGACAGGAGGAUGAGUCGAGUUACUACGAUAAUGGAAGUUCCAGCGACGAUGAGUUAUCUCAUUGUAGAAGUAGCAAUUCUGAUCGCAGCAGUGACAGGAGCUCUUGGAGUUCUCAUGAUUCACAAUCCUCCAGGAACAGAAGGUCCGGUCGAUACUCCGAUUCUUUCGAUUCAAGAAAUUCUGCCUAUUCAGCUCCUCCCUCAUUUGCCACAGCGGCUUAA